UGUGAAAUUACCAUUGCCGCAUACUCUUCUUUACUGCAACAUCGUCUUUUCUAAAACAUGCGUCGUCUCAUCCUCCCAAUUUCUCUCCUGGUAGUAGCCACAUUUGCUUUACAAGAAACUGACAGAGCAGCAGCAUCCACCAACGAAUUGUCCAGUGUCAGUGGUAAUACGGGUAUCUCUGUUGCUGACACCUCAUCUUCCACUACCAACAAUGGAGUUGAAGUCAGACGUGGCGAUAUCCCACUAGACGAUGUUUUGUCGUCUGUCGAUUCGAACUGGCGCGGUGCUUUGCAACAAGCCGCUAGUAGUUCUGGCGUUGGGAGAGUUCCGUCUGAACAAGGUGCUGAACAAGAACAAUCAGCAAACGAACAAGAAGCAGCUGCUUCAACGGCUAACCAGCAGCCAGUGGAAUCCGAGCCUGCUCCCGCUGCACCUCCUCCGCCAGCAGCACCGGCUGCCCAAGAACAAGCAGCACCACCUAUCCAGGAACUAGCAUCUACGCCACCGCCACAGGCUCAAGAAGCGCCUGCAGCACCCGCACCCGCAGAAGCACCAGUCCCAGCUACGCCAGCACAACCGCCUAUCAGACAACAAGCGAGACCUGUAGUAGGACAGGUAGCUGGCGCUCCACCUGCCGCCGAGCAAGAAGGAGAGGGCGAGAUGGCACCCAAUGUGCAGAACCGGCAAGUAGUUACGCCGACCUAUACUUUGCCGGAAUCACCGACAGGAACACCCGGAUACACUGAUACCACACCUGCCGAAACUUAUACUCCUCUUCCAACCACGAUAACAACGCCUACCUUGACAACCACGCGUAUGCCUACCACUGGUGUUUCCACAAUAACGCACACGGUGACAGCAACCCCUUUGCCGCGCCCCAGCGCUGCCAAUUCCCGCUUUGCUACAGCGUACUCUUCGCUUCUUAUCGAAGUCAUGCUUCUGUCAUUUGUAGCUUUAGCCCUUUGAAAAGUAAUAUU